AUGUUCAUCCACCAGACUUCAUACGUAAUCUGGCUUGCACUUACUUCCUUCGUGUCUCAUUCAAAUGCCGCUCUCCGCACAUAUAAUUUGACGGUGCACAGUGACGUUAGAGCCCCAGAUGGCGUCAGCCGGGAAGUGUAUCUGAUCAAUGGCCUGCAACCAGGGCCCCUUAUUGAGGCAGAUGAGGGCGAUAGUCUGGAAAUAUUUGUCAAGAAUGACCUGCCCGUCGAUACUUCUCUUCAUUGGCACGGUAUCCUGCAACGGGGAAGUCCCGAUAUGGACGGCGUCCCUGGUGUCACGCAGUAUCCCAUACCUCCUGGUGGUAACUUUACAUACAGAUUCUCGGUGAAAGAUCAGUACGGCUUCUUCUGGUACCACUCCCACGUCAGAGCAUACUACAGUGACGGCAUAAGAGGGCCACUUUUAAUACGGCCGUCCCCGGUAAGAUUGCGGCCUUUUGAGAAGCUUGCUCAUAGCCAACAUGAGCGUGAUAUCCUUCUACAAACUGAAAGGGAUGCCACAUCUAUUCUUUUGAAUGAUUGGACACAUGAACUUUCAGACACUAUUUACGCUCGCUACUUUAAGACAGGCGCUUUUCCGAGCUGUGUUGACAGCAUCCUUGCCAAUGGACUUGGGAGGGUUGAGUGUCUACCAGAAUAUAUGCGCCAUGCAGGACCAGGAAUGGGACAAGGCGAAAUGAACCAGACUUCCUCGUCAAUGAUGACAAUGCCGAUGGCAAGGCGAAUGGACAUAGGCAUGAACAUGGACGCAUCCUCCACUUCUUCCCAGGUGUCAACAGGUACAAUGGCCAUGCCUAGCAAUUCCAUUUCCGCAACGACGACUCCCUCACAUUUCAGCAGUGAAACGUCGAUGCCAGCUACAAUGACGAUGUCAGGAAUGUCACCAUCUAUGAUUUCAUUGAGUCCGCGCGGCUGUAUGCCGCCGAUGAUAUUCAGGCAAGGCUUCAAUGUCGAUUCCCUCCCACCUGAGACCUGCACCAAGACGUCUUCACCCUUGCUCACCAUCCCUGCGGAUCAAGCGCGUGGUUGGCUCGCACUGAAUCUAGUCAACUCCGGCGCAGUCAGCAAGUUACAUGUGUCUCUGGACGCGCACUCCAUGUUUGUCUAUGCUGCUGACGGAUUGUAUGUGGAGAUGCAGGAAGUGAAGGUCCUAGAAAUAGAGAUCGGCCAACGGUAUUCAGUGAUGAUUCGACUUGACCAGGAACCGGGGAAUUACUAUCUCAGGUUUGCAACAUUUCCCAAUGGUGACAUGCAACAGGUGCUUGAAGGCCAAGCUAUUGUGUCCUAUAAUGUAGGAAGAUUGGCACGCAACCUUAUCAAGCCCUCGCUGACUUCUCAUUUUCUUUUUCCAGAUGAGCAUGAUGUGCAGCAAAGUUCCAAUGAACGUUACUGUCCAUCCCUCGACCGUUUGGAUGUUGAUCAAUGGAUCAGCCAAACCUGA